GCAGCUAUAACUAGUGGCAAGGACAGUGGCAGAGGUCACAGCAGCGCAAGAGAGAAGCAGCGAGAAUGGCCAGCCAGUCCCAAGGAAUUCAGCAGCUCCUGCAGGCUGAGAAGAGAGCAAAGGACAAGCUAGAGGAGGCCAAGAAAAGAAAAAAUAAACGUUUGAAACAAGCAAAAGAAGAGGCAACUGCAGAUAUUGAUCAGUACAAGAUGAAAAGGGAGAGUGACUUCCGACGUAUUCAGACCUCUAUAAUGGGAUCACAGGGUAACUUGGCAGUAAAGAUAGAGGAACAGACAACAGAAAAGAUUCAGUCCUACAGUUCCACCUACCAGAAAUACAAGGAGAAAGUGCUAAAAGAACUUUUGGAUAUGGCGUCCGACAUUAAACCAGAAAUCCAUACCAAUUACAAGUACAAGUUGUAAAUCCUUUCAUCGUGAACCGUGGCACUGGCACAGGUGGCUUGCAGCACACUGUGGAAUAAAAACAGUUAAAAAUCGCUAUAUCUUUUUCGGUUAACUUAGCUCCUCAAAGUUAUAGAAUGUUAACAAUUGUUCAUUCCAGCAGAUAUGAAUGGCUAUCGUUUUUAUUGAAAUGUUAGGAAAAGGGAAAGUGUUCAUAAAGGUGCUGAAAUUAAUAUGUAAAACAAAAUAAGAUUGUUCUGCUAUGAGUUGUUCAUGUGUCGUGUUUUUACCAUGACCAUAACUGCUAACCAACAUCUAAACAGACAUAUAACAGAACAUAACUGGCUUAUAGUUUGGAAAUGUAUUACAAUGCUAAUAUUCAUCACUGAUGUAAACGUACUGUUGAUACACUCAAAAUAUGUAUGAAAUAUAAAUGCACUAAUUUCACGUCUGCGUCUUUAAAUCUGUGGUAGUGAACAGGUUAAAAAAAACAUAAGCGGCUCAAUUAUUUUCCCGGCUCAUAUCAUCCAUGCUCAUUUCCAUAUUCUCGUUAGAUCCUUAACGAAGGCUAUACAAGUUGACACUGGCCUAAUUUGCAUAUCCCCUCUCUUCUCGCUUUGAUACUGCGCCUCUAAUUGCUCCAUAUGCCCAUAAUAUUAUUUUUCUUUCCACUUGAAAUAGCAAAAUGCUUUUAACUGCC